UAAUUAAGGAAUGGCGUAUGGGGAUAUCCACUUUCCCCAGCUAUAGAAAGAAAGAAAGAAAGAAAGGAGAAAUUUUUACUGAUAAUGAUGUAAUCAUGAUUGUGAUUGUAUGACGUUGAACGAUAUAGAAUAUAACUCAGUGAACUCGGUCUUUCAACAAAAAUGAUACCUUUGUACAAAGUGUUAACAAUAUUUGGCUACUGCUACUUGGCUGUGAGUGCUAUGAAAGAUAACUGUCAUUGUGGUAAACAGUUGAACCGGCUACUCAGUUUCAUUCCCCAUAAGGAAGAAUAUUGUGUUAUAGAUAAUUCUAAAGUGAUCACGACUGAUGACACAAACAAUGAGCAAACGGGAAAAAUGGUCGAAAUUAUUGCCGGUACAUAUUUUGUGGGAACAAACAAUCCGAUUUUCGUAGUUGACGGAGAAGGGCCAAAACGUGAAGUACUGUUAGAUAGUUUUUAUAUCGAUAAAUAUGAGGUGAGCAAUGAAGAAUUCGCAGCUUUUGUAAGCUCCACUGGGUAUACAACAGAAGCAGAACGUUUUGGAGAUUCCUUCGUCUUCGAAGGUCUUUUGUCGCAAAAUACAAAAAACACGAUUAAGCAAGCAGUUGCGGAAGCUCCUUGGUGGUUACCUGUGAAGAAAGCUACAUGGCAACAUCCAGAAGGUCCAGACUCGAAUAUCACCUCCAGAAUGGAUCAUCCUGUUGUUCAUGUCUCUUGGAACGAUGCAACUGCUUAUUGCAGUUGGCUGGGGAAGAGAUUACCAACUGAAGCAGAAUGGGAAGCUGCCUGUCGUGGUAAUAUUUCUGAUAGACACUAUCCUUGGGGAAAUAAAAUAAUGCCAAAGGAUCAACAUAAGGUCAAUAUCUGGCAAGGUGAAUUUCCUUUAAGAAACACUAUGGAAGAUGGAUAUAAAAGUACAUCACCAGUUACAACAUUUCCACAAAAUAAAUAUGGUUUGCACAAUAUUGUUGGAAAUGUUUGGGAAUGGACAUCUGAUUGGUGGAUGACAAAUCACUCACAUGAUCAGCAGUCAAACCCUACUGGUCCACCUAGCGGUACCAAUAAAGUUAAAAAAGGUGGUUCCUACCUUUGUCAUAAAAAUUAUUGCCAUAGAUACAGAUGUGCUGCACGUAGUCAAAAUACACCCGACACGUCAGCUGGAAACUUAGGUUUCAGAUGUGCAAUGUCAACAUAAGUGAGAUAACAUUCCAAAAGGCUCAAAGGUGAAAAGUAAUAUAUGAAAGAUAAUAUUAUGAAUAU